AUGGGGUUGGUGGAGAGGUUCAACCGCACCAUCAAGGACAUGGUCGCCAUCGAUGUGUCUCCGACGCAGAACGACUGGGACGAGUGGUUGGCCACGCUCACAUACGCCUACAGCACAGCGACCCAUGGCACCCACGGGUUUCCACUCAUGGAAUUGAUGAUGGGCUGCGUGGGCAAGUCCGUACUCGACCUGCAAUUCCCCGCGGCACCAAUCGUAGAAUCAAUACCCGUCUGGAAUCGGCGGUUCGUGGCCAAACUCACACGGAUCUGUGCAAUCGCCAAAUCGACCUUGGCCCCUGCACAGGAAGAGACGGCACGACACUACAACAAGGGUGCACUUGACCGGGUGAAACUCCGACCGGGUAUGUGGGUUUGGAUCGCACGCGUCAGCCGCGACAAGGGCACCAGCAAACUGAAGCAUCGGUUCCGCGGACCCGCGCGACUUGUCGAGAACGCUGGCUUCGACAAUUGUGUCGGGACAAUGGGACUUCACUUCUCGUCCACUCAGGCGAGUGCCUGCCGUACUUCGACGACGGCGAGCUUCACAUGGCUGUCGUGUUGGAUACUGUGA